UGGUGAGAAAUUAACUGUCUCCUUUCUCGUGUCUCUCUUGGGGCGCGCGUGGUGUGCCGAGCUGCGGCAGAAGCUCUCUGUCCUGGGCCAGGACCGUUCCCUACCAAACCAUGAAUAAUUGCAUCCUCCUGGAGGAGCAGCUGAUCAAGAAGUCCCAGCAGAAAAGGAGAACAUCUCCCUCCAACUACAAAGUGCGCUUCUUCGUCUUAACCAAGUCCAAGCUGGCUUACUUCGAGCAUCGCCAUGGGAAAAAGAGGACGUUGAAGGGGUCCAUUGAACUGUCCAGAAUCAAGUGUGUGGAAAUUGUGAAAAGUGACAUUAUCAUCCCCUGCCACUAUAAGUACCCUUUCCAGAUUGUUCAUGACAACUACCUGCUGUACGUGUUUGCCCCGAACAGAGAGAGCCGCCAGAGAUGGGUCUUUACUCUGAAAGAAGAAACCAGGAACAACAACAACUUGGUGCCGAAGUAUCAUCCCAACUUUUGGAUAAAUGGGAAAUGGAGAUGCUGUGCGCAGACAGAAAAGCUGGCAGCUGGCUGCAUCAUAUACGACCCCACUAAGAACGCUUCCAAGAAGCCUCUUCCUCCUACCCCUGAAGACAACCGGAGGUUAUUGCUAGACCCCAAGGAAGCUCUAGUGAUGGCCAUCUAUGACUACACGGCCCAAAAUCCCCGGGAGCUGACGUUACAGCGCAACGAAGAGUACUACAUCAUUGACAACUCGGAGGAGCGCUGGUGGAUGGUUCAGGAUAAGAACGGGCAUGAAGGCUAUGUACCAAGCAGUUACCUGGUAGAAAAAUCACCAGACAACCUUCAAAUAUAUGAAUGGUACAAUAAGAACAUCAACAGAAACCAAGCAGAAGCGCUGCUGAGGCAGGAGGGAAAGGAAGGUGCCUUCAUGGUGGUAGAUUCAAGGCAGCCCGGCAUGUACACGGUCUCCAUUUUCACCAAAGCAUUAAGCAAUGAAAACAGUCCCGUGAUAAAGCAUUAUCACAUCUACGAGACAAGCGAUGUCCCCAAGCGGUAUUACUUGGCAGAGGGGCACAUGUUCAACUCUAUCCCUAAACUCAUCAACUACCAUCAGCACAACGCAGGAGGUCUCGUCACUCGCCUGAGGUAUCCGGUUUGUUCCUGGAGAGAAAAGGCUCCUAUCACUGCAGGUUUGAGCUAUGGAAAAUGGGUCAUAAAUCCUUAUGAGCUCACAUUCAUCCAGGAGAUCGGCAGCGGCCAGUUUGGGGUGGUCCAUCUGGGCUACUGGAUUGGGAAGACUAAAGUAGCCAUCAAGACCAUUCGUGAAGGAGCAAUGUCGGAAGAGGACUUCAUCGAGGAGGCACAGGUCACCAUGAAACUGUCUCAUCCCAAGCUGGUGCAGCUGUUCGGGGUGUGCAUGGAGCAGGCCCCCAUGUGCCUGGUGUUCGAGUUCAUGGAGCACGGCAGUCUGUCCAUUUACCUCCGGACCCAGCGAGGCAGCUUCUCCAAGGAGACUCUCCUGGGCAUGUGCCAAGACGUGUGUGAAGGGAUGGCUUAUCUGGAGGAGAACCAUGUCAUUCACAGGGACCUGGCAGCUCGAAACUGCUUGGUGGGAGAAUCCCAAGUGGUCAAAGUGUCGGAUUUUGGGAUGUCAAGGUACGUCCUCGAUGACCAGUACACCAGCUCCACCGGCACCAAAUUCCCCGUCAAGUGGUCUGCCCCAGAAGUCUUCUCCUACUCCAACUACAGCACCAAGUCGGACGUGUGGUCCUUUGGAGUGCUCAUGUGGGAGGUCUUCAGCGAAGGCAAAAUCCCUUACGAGAACCGGAGCAAUGGGGAGGUGGUGGAGGAAAUCAAUGCUGGGUUCCGGCUAUACAAGCCCAAGCUGGCUUCCAAGGUCAUUUAUGAGCUGAUGAAUUGCUGCUGGAGGAUGAGCAAAGAAGACCGGCCCCGCUUCUCCACCCUGCUCUACCAGCUGAGUGAAAUCUCUGAACUCGACCUGUGAUCAGCGCACUGGCCCACUGAAUAGGGCUGACAAGAAACCUGAGAGAGCAGACUACAAAGUUUUCCCUUCAUAAAGCAUUAGCACAAGCCCUCCCACCAGAAGCACUGAUGACAGACAGGGGGAGGCAGGCAUCUGUACUUCUAGCCAAGCCAGGCAUCUUCAAGAGCUCAGGGUUGCAAAGACAAAUGCAAUUGCUUGGGUUGGGGAGCAUAUGCUUACGGAUCUCACAAACAGGCCCAGCUGCAAAGCAGAGAUCCUAUAGAGACAGCUUAUCUGCUCAGUUUUUCACAAAGACAGCAACUACGGGUGCAUGUUCUCAGACACAAGGUAUCUGGCUACAACCCUGGAAACUCUCUAAUGAAAGGAAACCUUUCGCUAGCCCUGUCAAGUCUCUCUGCAUUGAGAAGCAUUCAGGUUCUUCCAUAUUCACCGUAAGUCACAGCCAGUCUGGAGCUUCGUCUUCUCGCAAGGCAGAAAUGGAUGAUCUGAAAUGAGACCUAUAUGAAGGGACAGGAGUCCUGGCUAGGUGUAGCUAUUAAGACUGUUUUGCCUUCUCUUACAAUAAUUUCCUCUGAAGUGUAGCAAGAAACCCUUUUAUCUCCCCAACACCUCUAAUGUGAAGCCCCUCCAUAUGGCAAAAGCCCCUCUUUUAGUAUUUGCCCCCUUUUGGAGAUGUUUUCUCUUUUCUACCUUUUCUCCUCCCUCUUUGUCUUUUAUUAUAUUAUUAUUAUUUUUAUAUAAGGUGUACUUGUAGUGAAAAUAGAGCUUGUAGAGGCUUUUACAAAUGUACUUUAAGUUUAAAAGUAAGUUGUACCAUGUAACAAUGUUAGCAAGAGCAGGAAUCUCUGUAUGGAGCAGGUCCCUGAAUGAAUCAUGGUUGACUGUGUAACACAGUAGCUAGUCUGGAUAAGCAUGUUAAUGAGCAGCAAUUAACACCUACAAAAUCAGAGACCAAGGAGAAGAAAGAAUCAAUAAAGAGCGAGGAAUUCCUGGAAACUUCAUUGUUAAAGGUACGGAAGCCCCUGUUUGAACUAAUCAAUGCUGGAAACAGACCCUUGGGGCUGAAAUACCCCCGAUCAACCACUUCCAGAGCUGUAUUCAUCACAACAGUGAAUCAAUCGAAAUUCAUCAACGGACUCCCGAGACUGCACGUACGUGCGGACGUGACCCCUGGGGCUGACAGCUGCCAUCCAGCAGCUACCAAGAGGGACGUCCCUCGAGGUCAACAACCCUUGGAUUGGGUAAGCCCGAGAAUUGGGGAGUCACCAAAGUCUGCCAGAGAGGGAUAAAAGGCAGCGAAGAACGACCCCCAAUGUUGCCCUCUUUGACCUGACCAGCACCCCGCCUGUUGGGCCAGAAAGACCAGCCGGUGACCCCCUUCUGCAGCACUAUCGCACUGAAAGAAGCCUUGACUGGCCAAUGACGGCAGACUCCAGUGCUUGGAGAUAGGUAUAUCUUGACACCAGUGCUUAGUGUUCAGAGCUAGCUACUGUGAGUGUGUGUGUGUGCGUGAAUGUGUGUUUGAGGGGAUCAGCACCAAGGUUUAUGGUCUGAUUUGUGCAUCUGUCCAAUAAACUAGAAUUUUAUAAUGA